GGCAGUUUGCAGAGGAGAGUAGGAGUGUCACACUGACAACCCACCCAUGAUAUAAAAUGAAGUGCACUGAGUUGUUGAUGAAGCGGACCAGAGGACGGAGGAGCUCUGUGUUUGGUUCAACUCUGCAUCUGGAAACCUGCCGCUGCUCAACGUCUCACACUCGCCAAGGACUUCGACCAUGACGGCCAUCAACGCCCCGCGAGACAAAUACAACGCUGUGUGGAUCAUCUUCUUCAUCCUGGGUCUGGGAACACUGUUACCAUGGAACUUCUUCAUGACAGCAACAAUGUACUUCACCAACCGACUGAAGAGCAGCGGCAGCUUUUCUUUGUCCAAUCAGACGGUCAACCAGACUGAUGGAGACCCUCGCAACGUCCUGGAGUCCAAGUUCAAUAACACCAUGACCCUGUGUGCCAUGGUUCCUCUGCUGAUUUUCACCUGCCUCAACUCCUUCAUACACCAGAGGAUUCCUCAGAAGCUGCGGAUCUCUGGUACCCUGACGGCCAUCCUGCUGGUCUUCCUCCUGACGGCGAUCUUGGUCAAGGUGGAGAUGGCUCCUCUGACCUUCUUCACCAUCACCAUGAUCAAAAUCAUCUGCAUCAACUCCUUUGGUGCUAUUCUACAGGGAAGUCUGUUUGGGUUGGCAGGGAUGCUGCCUGCCUCAUACACCACACCCAUCAUGAGUGGACAGGGUCUGGCUGGGACCUUCGCUGCUUUCUCCAUGAUCUGUGCACUGGCCAGUGGUUCUGAACUACAGGACAGUGCUUUUGGUUACUUCAUCACGGCCUGUGUGGUUAUUCUACUGGCCAUCAUGUCCUACCUGGUUCUGCCCCGGAUGGAGUACUUUCAGCACUUCAUGGAGAACAGUGGAGCCAGACCUUCAGCUGAAGAAGAAAACAAUAUGGAUUUAAUGGAGAAAGCAGAAAAGAAACCAGUGGUGAGUCUGACGGAGGACGAGCCCAAAGCCAGUGUGUCGGUGUUCAACAUCUUCAAACAGAUCUGGGUGAUGGCUCUGUCCGUCUGCUUCAUCUUCACCGUCACCAUCGGAGCGUUCCCGGCCGUCACAGUCGACGUCUCGUCCACUGUGGCUGGAGACACCGCCUGGAAAAUAUACUUCAUUCCUGUGUCCUGUUUCCUCCUCUUCAAUCUGAUGGACUGGGCUGGACGCAGUCUGACGGCUGUGUGUAUGUGGCCAGGUAAAGACAGUCUGUGGCUGCCCGUCCUGGUGGUCCUCCGAGUCGUCUUCAUCCCUCUCUUCAUGUUGUGCAACGUUGAGCCUCGUCACUAUCUCCCAGUGCUGUUUGGCCACGACGCCUGGUACAUCAUCUUCAUGACUCUCUUCUCUUUCUCCAACGGAUACCUGGCCAGUCUCUGCAUGUGCUUCGGACCAAAGAAAGUGUCGCCGCACGAGGCGGAGACGGCAGGAGCCAUCAUGGCCUUCUUCCUGUCCCUGGGUUUGGCACUGGGGGCCGCCUUCUCCUUCCCCAUCAGAGCCUUGGUCUGAAAGCUGAAGCGGAGCCUUCAGCAGAAUUAGAGUAGACCAACCUGUGGUUCCUGGGGCAGAACCUGUUCUUUUCUGGACUAACAAAGACUGUACAAAGACUGUGGGUGAGUGACGGCAGCAGGGACGGAGGAGACGGUGGCAGUCUGGUCUCGUCACCACCCAAACACAUUAAUCAUGAGAUUUAACUGCAUAUAUUUUUUUUACUUCCUCCAAAUGCAAUAGAACUAUUUUGUUUCUGCAGUGGUUUCAUUUAUUUUUUUAAAUUGAUGCUACAGAUGGAGAGGAUUUUCCCUCUGCAGUAAAAUUCUAAACCAAAAGUAUUAAAUCACCUUGAAGUGAACUUGUGUGUAGAUGUGAAUGGAAAAUCCUACAGAAAACUGCCAUAGAACCAAGAGGAACAAUUCAAACUAUCAUUAAAUACAUACAGAAUCAUGUAAAAAAAACUUGUUUGAUAGUUCAAGUUUAAACACAUUUUAGUUAUAAAAUCAUUUGUAUUUAUUUACAGGAGUUUCUUUGAUGCCGGGCUUAUCUUCAUGAACUGAUCAGUUUUUACUUUUUUUAAUGAAUAUUAUGGUUGAAUGAACCAUUGAGCAGUUCCAUUCUCAAAACUGUUAAAGGUUUUAAUUUUGUUCAAGCCAAAAAUAUCAGAUGUGGGAAAAUGAGGAGCUUUGGAAGGAGACACUGACCCACAAACCACUCUGCUCCUUCACUUCCUCUGGGGGUGGUUUAAGAAAACAACAACAAAAACAUCCGGAAAAACAAAUGGGAAAUUUACAAUGAAUGUAAUGAAAGUUCAGACUUUAACGUUCUGUAAUCCUUCACUGCAACUGUGUCCCAAUCCGUGGUCUGCAGCCUCUGACAAUCUCUGUUUUUUUGAGAGAGAAAAAAAAAAAUUCUGACUUGUAUUUAAUGCAUUUCACUGUAAUGACAUCAACACCGCUGUUUAGUUAAAAUCUGGAAACUUCAGUUUCUUCCUCUGUAGAUUUACUUCACUCACGUGUUUAUACACUCUGUUGAAUUCAUUAGUCACAUGGUUUUUUAAAAGGGUCUCAUCUUUUACACUUUAGUUAUUGUUAGUUCAGUUUGGUGUUGAUUGUGUUACGUAUCUAGAUUCAAGUGAACCGCUGUUAGAGACAAACAUGAAAAAUCACAACAUUCAUAGGUCGUCUUCUGGUGAGAAGAACCUGAAACUAACCACAAACCACAAACAAAGAAGGCUGCCGACCCUGACCUGGGACACAGCGUCUGAAUAUUCCCCUCUGUGUUUCAGCCAUUUUU